GCUUCUGCUACAUUGUCUAAAAAUGGCAGCCUAUCGGUUCGUAGAAUCAGAUGAAGCUUAUUUGUUUCUUUUCCUUCUAAUUAUUCAUUCUUAUUUUUUUCAUAGACUGAUCUGAGAUAGACAUUUGUCUAGAACUGGGAAAAUGUAACGACCACACUAUUUAACAUUUGUUAUUGCAAAAACAUUGUUCUUCUUAGCAUCAAUAUUGUAGCAUUUCUAAUAUUCUUCAAGAAUACUAUAAAAAUUAGUUCCUGAUAGAUUACAAAACAAUCUAAAAUGCCAAGGAUUAACAAUGGAAGGAACAAACGGAAUGUCCGUUGCAUCCAGAGCUGCCAGCGAGCGGACAAACGCAGAAGGUGACGCAAGUGGGCGUCGUCGAAGGAGCAUCCUCGCGGCCACCGAAUUGUUACGCAACUGUAGGAAAGCGAAUAACCGGAUCGAAGUAUUCAGCGAUAUUUGCAAUUGAAGUAGAUUGCGUGUAACUACUGCCGGGUAAUAGAUUAAUUGCGGGCCUGGCCGAAGAGCGACGAUGACGGUCGCUCGGUACGCGACGCGGCAGUUGUCGAAAUCGUAUGAUGAAGAACGCGGUCCUGGCCGUGCUCUGUUACUCAUGGCUGAACCUGUUCACGGAAGUGCGAUCGAACGACAGCGCCGAUGACGCCAAGGACUCCACCGUGAAAACUGGCAUCGUCCUGCCGGAGCAUUACGUGAAAGCAGAAAUUAGGCCACCGUCGAAGCAAGGCAUGCCUGUGCUGGUCGACUUCAACAUUUUCGUGGCGGACAUCAACUCGAUCAACGUUGAGGACAUGGACUUCCGCGUGGACAUGUUCGUACGCGAAAGUUGGAUAGAAUCCCGACUGGACAUGCCGGAAUACAUUUUUGAGGAGGGCGACGAUUAUGUCACCUUGCCACCUGACUUCUUCGACAGCCUGUGGCAACCGGACCUCUACUUCUUGAACGCGAAAGUUUCCGAAAUCGCCGCGUUGAAUCACAAAUUCUCCUCGGUGACGCUGUACAGGAACAAGACCGUCAAGUAUUCGGCACGAAUGCACGCGAUCAUCGCCUGCCAGAUGGAAUUCCAGCUGUACCCGAUGGACAUACAGAUCUGUCCCAUCUACAUAGAAAGCUUUUCCUAUCACAAACAGAAGCUGCGGCUGAAAUGGGGCGCGGGCGGCGUUACGGUGAACCCGGAAUUGAAGUUGUUGCAGUAUGACAUCGGUAAGCCGAUAGUGUCCGAGGAGACCGUCGACUACAUGCUGGAGAAAAGCGGGAAUUUCUCGCGGUUGGUGGUUUACUUCCGGUUCGAGAGGCAGAUCGGGCAUCAUCUGAUACAAACGUUCGCACCAUCGACGCUGGUUGUGAUGCUCUCUUGGUUCAGCUUCUGGCUGGGCUUGGAUGCCAUCCCGGGCAGGGUGGCUUUGCUAGUGACUAGCAUGCUCACUCUGGUCACCAUGUUCACUGGUCUCAAGAGCGACAUUCCUCCGGUCGCCUACGUGAAAGCGUUGGAUGUUUGGAUGGCUGGCUGUAUGAUGUUCGUGUUCGCCGCAUUGGGUGAAUUCGUGGUGGUCAAGGUGCUGGACUUGCAGUAUCAGCUGAAAUACGACCUACAGACAUCAGUAAUGUCCCGGCAUUAUCCAACACGCCUAUUCAGUAUGGAUAAAAAUCAAAGCAUUUGGGACUACGACACGCCUUACAUAUCCAAAACCAAGAAGAAGAGGGCUGGCAGCAAACACCUUCUGCAAACUGCGUGGCUGGACUCUGAGUAUCAGAUUUUACGGGCGCGCAAGACGCGGUCGCAAAUAAUCGACACUUACAGUAGAAUAGGUUUCCCUAUACUGUUCUUGCUGUUCAUGGUUUUGUACUGGCCAAUUCUGUUGCUUAAGAAAGCUACGUGAACUCUCGGAUAACCGCAAUGGACGGGAGGAGUCUAAUUAAUGGUACAAAUGUAAUAUAGUUGGAUCGAAGAAUUGUGAGCGACAAAAUGCUUGUGAGUUCUUUUUUAAG